CCCGCAGAGAACCGGCGGACUUUAUAAAGAGGGACUGAAGCCAGGGCGCACACAUGACGCUGGAGCUCCACUCACGGACUAAACGCAGACCAUGUCCCACAGAAAGGGCUGCCUGGGGCCGGAUGAUGUGGAGAAUGUGCGCCGGAGACCAGCUGAUCUGUCAGACAUGCAUAUGGACAAUGAACAUCAUCCUCGGUUUCCACGGAGACAGUCCCAAAAUGAAAGGCAUCAUCCAGAACUAGGUGCAGUGGAGACACCCUCUUCAGAAGCCUCUGCACCCCACGUCUACUCAUACACACCCAAAUGUUUCCUGUCUGUUAACAGAGGAGGACAUGGGGUUUCACCGCGGUCUAUGGCAUCAUGGUAUGGUGAUGAAGGCUGGCACGAAGCUACCACUAAGACCACAAUCAGAGCUGAGAAUGAGGUGGAGGCCCACAGGGAGGCCAACAACUAUAAGUUUGGUUUCAGAAAGUGGAAAGGCAACGUAACAGAGAGGCCGAUUGAAGGCAGAUCAGAGAUCAUCAAAGAGCUGUACUCUGAUCUGAGCACUGUUAAGCAUCAAGAAGGCUCUCUGAUCACUGUUGGAAAUGUUGCUUAUGUCUUUUUAUUUGGAUGGUGGAUAUCUUUAUUCUACUUUCUCAUUUGUCCUGUGAUGUUUCUCACUGUCCUCGGUGCCGUUUAUGGGAAACUUUGUUGGAAGAUGGGGUGUUACUUUAUUUGGCCAUUUGGGAAAUCAAUCGAGAAGGCCGGUGAAGUAGUGAGAAGACCUGUUGCAAAACCCCCAAGGUGUGAGGUAAUUCCUGAAGAGAGGGACACCGACGACACCAAGGACGGUGUCAGGGACUCCUCACCCCUUUUGGUGUCUUCUCCCAUCCCUGUCGAGAUUCCAGUCACAGAACCCUCAUCCAAAAAACCCUCAACAUACUGGUGUCGCCUCAGUACUUAUGUGUGGCUGUUACUGGGUUUCCCUGUCCUGGUUGUGGUCCACUGUGUUGCCUGUGUGGUCUCCUGGUUGCCGGUCUUCACCAUCCCUGUAGCCAAGAUGAACGCUCGCACAAUAACCAGUGUCCUGCUCAUGGCACCAGAAGACAUCCAGAUACACAAACUGGAAAGAACACUGAUGUGUGAGGCCAAAGUCAUCUUAUACUGUAAUCAAGCUGUGAACUGGUAUUACUACAAAUAUGCUGUCCAAGGAAUCAACAUUUUCGCUCUCAACCUGCUUCCUCUGGUGUUAGCCAGCCUAGUUAUUGGUUAUACUGACAAGGACCACAAUUAUUUCAGCUCAGAGACUAAGUUUGCCACAGCCAUCACUUCCAUCAUCCCUCUAUCCUACUUUAUUGGAAUGGGUAUAGCCAGUAUUUCUGCACAGAGUAACUUUGCCGUUGGAGCAGUGGUGAAUGCCACUUUUGGCUCCAUCACAGAGAUUACAUUCUACAUCACAGCACUGCUGCAGGGACAACGGGCUGUCACCAAAUGUUAUGAGGAGAUUGUCAAAGCUGCUCUCACAGGGACCUUGCUGGGGUGUAUCCUGUUUAUACCUGGUAUUUGUAUGAUCAUUGGAGGCAUUAAGCACAGGGAGCAGCGAUUUAACAGUCGCUCAGCUGGAGUGAGCUCAGCCCUGCUCUUCAUAUCUAUAGGAGGUGUUUUUGCCCCCACCCUCUUCUCAAAGGCCUUUGGUAAUCUGGUGUGUGAUAGCUGCACCAACAUCCCAGGCAAUGCCAGUGUAUCCUUCACCUGCAAGGACUGCCACUACGACAUGAGUGAAAGUGACCCGCAAUUGAUAAUGUCCCAUAUUGAACCAUUGGUGUACACCAUUUCCGUGCUCCUGUCUGGUGCCUAUCUGAUUGGGCUCAUUUUCACACUGAAGACACACUCCCACAUCUAUGAUAUCCAUAUCAGUGAUGGCCAUGGUGGCAAUGUACACGCAGGUGACCAUGUAGUACACUGGUCCAGAUGGAGGGCUCUGGCAGUGCUAAUAGUGGCCACAGCGCUGAUGGCCUGCUGUGCUGAUCUCAGCACUGACAACAUUGAGCCCAUGUUGACCCAUUCUGCCAUCUCCCAGUACUUCAUUGGUGUCACACUGAUAGCCAUGGUGCCUGAGCUUCCAGAGAUUGUCAAUGGCAUCCAGUUUGCAUUGCAGAACAAUAUUAGCCUAAGCCUUGAAGUGGGCAGCUGUAUUGCAGUGCAGGUCUGCAUGAUUCAGAUUCCAGUACUCAUCGUCUUCAAUGCCUUCUAUGAUGUUGGAUUUGUACUUGUCUUCAGUGAUAUUCAUCUGUGGGCCAGCAUUUUCAGUGUCAUUUUGGUCAACUACAUUUUCAUGGAUGGAAAAUGUGAUUAUUUUCAAGGUACUGCUCUAGUGGUGGUCUACCUCAUCCUUCUGGCUCUUUACUUCUUUGCCCCAUCUCCACGCUCCUGUUGGUAGUAAAGAAAUCAUGAUACAACAAAAAAGUGAACAAAAGUCGCUAAUUCUAUAUGGAUGGCUUUCAUCAGUAGAACAAAAACUGGAAAUUGAAUCGGUCUGUUGUCUGUAAAUAUGAUAUAUGAUGGGUUUUGUGUGCAUAAAUUUAGUUUCAUAGUCAUGUCCAUGGAUUAAAAAAUGUAAAAAAAAAAAAAAAAAAAAUCCCUAAAGAAAAACAGAAUCUGUAUUUUGUGACAGGUUUAUUUGCCUUUAUAUUUAAAUGUACAUUUUUGCUGUUCUUUUUGGCUGUAAAUCACUGUGAUGUCUGUUUAUAUGAAACAUAAUAAAUGCAUCAAUUUAAGAAAGUUGUCAUCAAAAUAAGACCUUUAUAACAACAAAUACUAAUUUUCUAACAAAAAAUGAAGAAAACAGGGCAAGAGGGAUGCAAUCUCUGCAUGCAGAUAGAAGACCCAUCGAUUGCAAUGGUCUUUACACAGCAUUUUGUUAAUUCUCACAUUAGAUACAAAUAUAAUACAAAUGGCAUUCACUCAGUAAGGUAAUAUAGUCAUUUGUGAAUUAAGUUUGCAACUCUGUUAACAAAUUGAAUUGUCUGAAAAUUAGCACCAAUAUUGGAGAUGAAAAUUAAAGGAAUAGAUAGAAAAAGGUGAUUGCUGUAGGAUUGAAAUGUCUAGAGUUGUGGAACUGAUCUGAUUUGAAACCAUAUCUCUCUAUGUUAUAUGAGGACUACAACUAUGUACUUUAAUAAAAAUGAUAAUGUAAGAUGCCAAAUUUUAUUGUCUUCAUAAAAUGCAUUAGCUUAUGAAGCCAGGAGCACCAAAGGUAAAUGAAAACACAUGUACACCAAGUUUAUUUUAACUGAUUUUCCUGAAAAUGUAAAAUGUGUAAAACAAACUGAUGAAAUGAUUUAUGGUCAAAUUGAAACCUGACUUGUCACUCUGACAGUAUUGGACUGAAGUUUAUGAAACAGAUUCAUGUAAAUCUCAGAGGCUAAGAAAACGGUUAAUUCUUCAAGUAAAUUCAUGAUCUACAAAUACGUACCAGUCAGUCAGUAUACAUUUAAGUUUCAUACAGAUUUAUACAUUUGAGUUACAUUUUUCAUCCGUUCUCCUGUUCACCUUCCCUGCAUAGGGCAAUUCUUCUGUAGAUUAAAAAUAGGUUAUUUUAAAAUGUUGAGUUUGAAUUUUUCAUUGGUGCUGCAUGUUGAUAUUUAGGCGCCCAUUAAGUUCUAACAUGUAGCUUAUAAAAACUGGAAAUUUCCUGGGUAAAAAUGGGAACAUUAAGCAUGAAUAUAUUGUACAUUUCAUGCAGUCCAAAUCUGUAAAUAGAAAAAAUAAAAAGCAUCCUAAUUGUGUUAUACAUCAUGCUCUGGAUUUAGUUAAGCAGAGGAAAGAGGGGAACAGGGAGCUAUGUACAGAACACUUUAUUGACAGAGCUCAAACACAACUUUCACACAAAGCCUACUCUACAACAUUGUUGUGGUCACCUUUUAAAACCAUCACAAAGCAAAGAUUUGAUGAUGUAGGUAUAAGAAGCAGGUAGGAACACCAUGCACCAAGGAUGUGUUCAUGUGGAACAGAAAUAAAGGGGUAUGGUAAAGAAGUGCAUGCAGAAACAUCAGGAAAACAUCAAAGUACUGAGUCCCAUUACCAAUAUAAAUCUCAUAGAACCUCCAUCUAACCUCAUAAUCUCACUUUGGUCAAGGUGGAAGAUUAUUUGGCAUAAAUUAUAAUUAAUUAAAGGAGCUGUUACGCAUUAUCUUGGCACACUGAAAAUGUGCUAAUCAGAUUAUCUCAAAGACUCAAACUUCAGCAUCCUGCCCUAAAGCCUGCUCAUUCCUGCUAUUUAAGAUGUCUGCAUCCUUGAAACAGGAUGCAGAUUUUCAUUUAUGGCCACCACCAUUUUCAGUGAUUAUAGGCAAAAGCUGAAUUGUUAAAAGUGGAUAAACUGUUUAUCUGAAAGCUGUUUUUACAUAAACCCUUUUUGAACAUACAGAGAUCUUUAUACUGCCUAUGUUUGUGAAAUUUCAACCUCCUUAUGGGUCUGAAAAAGGCACUGCAGUAUAAACAUUUGUACAAGCUUGCUACUAAAGCUUCUCCUUGUGCAUAACAAUUUCAACGUCAACAGAGAGGGAGUAAAAGUCUGAAUAGAAUUAAGUCUUUAUUCAAAUAAAAUCAUUUAAAUUAAUUUUAAAGAGCACCAGAUUCACAGUGAUGUGUUGCAUGGUUACAGAUGAGAAUAGUAAACAGGAUGGAAAUUAAAUUACUUUUGUCUUGAAGAUACCCACCUUCAACUGACCUUUUUUUUGCAGAUGACUCUGUAACACAACGUUCAAUAUAAUGUACAAGAAAUACAAGGGCUCAGAUAAAGGAAAACCAGCUUUGAAUUUUCUUUAGACAAUAAUAGAGCAUGUUUAUCCUGUGUGUUAUAGCCAUUUCACAACAAAUACAAUAUUUGUCUUGAUUAUUUCCCAAGCCUUUUUGAUUUCUUCAGACCAUGUCAGUGUUUUAAGGUGAGGAUGCAAUACAGCAGUGAAUACACAAUUUCAAUUGAGAACUGAAAUGAAAAUCAGUAAUAAACCACUUCAGUCAGGGUUUAAGCUGCUGGAACAUUAUUUUUAAGAUGAAGUUAUAAAAAAAAAAAAAAAAAAAAAAAAAAAAUACAUUCACAAAUCUGAAACAGAAUGUUUUGAGAAGCUGUCAUCAGUCAUACAGUCAUUUGUAGUGAAAUGACAACAAAUUUUAAAAAGCACCACCAGACCACCAGCUUUGAGACUGAAGCUAUUAGAGAACUCAUUACCUUUAGGAUUUAUUUAAAAAGUAAACAGCUAUAAAUAUGAAAGACAAAGUGUGCAAAUAGCUGUAUCAGGUGAAGAGAAUACCCCAGGAAAAUAGAUUUAGUCUUUCCAAAUAAAUACACAUGCAUUCUUUGUUGUGGGGUUCUUUAAAAACUGCUCAAAAAUGUGUGGGAAAAAAUGAUGGCAUUGUUUUGGAAAUGCCGCAUCAUUUGGUGUCAGAAGUGGGAAGUGGGAUGGGCUAGUCAGAAGAAGGUGGCUCACCUUCCAAGGACGUGAACAAAUCUUCGCUCCCAACGGGUACAGCAGGAGACUGAGACUGUUGCAGGUGAUGCUGAGCUGGCGUGGGUUACCAAAAAAUAAUUCUCAUUAGAGGAGGACGAGUCCCAACCCCAGCCUGUCCAAGUCUUUCAGGUGCAUCAGGAGGUCAAGUGUUGUCCCAAAUGAGAGACUUCCUGACAGCCCAAUAGGGGAAAGAGAAAGGCUCGCUGGAGGAGCUAUGGUGCCUGAGGGCAGAAGCCCAUCUCAAGCACUUUGACGAAGACCUCAGGGAAAACUUUCAGCCAGUGUUAUUUGUUACAGGAGUAGGUAACAGUGAAUUUGAGUGUGAGUUUUUUGUUGAAUGGAGUUAUGGCAAAACUCUAAAUUGAAAA